AUGCCAAUCUACGCGAAGGGCUUCCGCCACCAGCGGAGCUGUCCAAAUGCACAAGUGGAAAAUGCCCUCAAGGGGGCCUCAUAUGCGAUCUCCGACCUGUCAGACACCGAGUCGACCAGCAGCGAUGAAGGGGAGACUCAGGAAAACCGCGAAAAAGAGGCGAGAAAAAUUUGCAGCGAUAGACGAUGCUGCACUUGGUUUGACUUGUCCAACUGGUUCGGUUAUCUCUCCCUCGAGCUACCGCCAGCGGACUUUGAGGCCUGUUUCACGGAUGUCGCGAAUGGAGGGGCGGGGUUGUACGAGAAACUCGUGGUGCUCGGAGGCAAGACCCUGGAUAUCAUGGCGGAGAUGCAUUUCUACGAGAUGUAUCCUGCUAUCAAGGACCUGCACUUGCCUGCUGAUCUGCGGGCAGAUAAGGAGGCCAUGCGUGUGCUAUGGGCUCGCAAGCGAGCCGAAAGAGUGACCGCUCUCCCCAGUCUUUUCCUCUUUGGAAAGAGUUACUUGGCCAUGGCGCAGAGCUUGCCUACCCGCCAGGCUGUGGCGAAGUUCGUUAAGGCCUGCAUUGGCUACUGCUGUCAAAGUGCAGACACCGAGAAUCUCUACAAGUGGAUGCCCAUCUUGAUUGAGCACAUCUUCUGGACCCAAAAGUUGCGGACAGAGCGACUUGCUGAAGACAAUGCAAUACUGCAGGAUCUGCAGGAGUUCCUUGGAUACAAGUACGACCACCUUAUUCCGCGUAUGCGCGAAUGCCUUGAAGGGACACAUAUUCCUCAGCGUUCAGAUAGCCCGACAGGAAGAGAGCUUCUUCGAUUAUACGCCACAGAUUACUUCACCAAGAUGUCUGAAGAGACAGGCGUAGACCCUUCAAGACGCGCGAUCUGGGUAGAUCAGGAAGUAGAACACUUUCUAACUGGCUCAGCACUACCCGCCUUCGCCUGCCUCUCUAUGUCCCUCGGACCAUACGUCGUUGCAGCCGAGAACGGAGGGCCUACCCAUGCGCAAAACUUCACAGAUAUGUUCGAGUCUCUGGUGGCUGCCUGUUGGAUAAUAUCGACAGAAGAAAAGGUGAAGAUUUGGAUGCCUAGUCUUAUUCAGAGACUGAGGCAGGCACAGCUCCUAUUGCAUAUGGCCCAAAUGGGUGAUAAGUACUUUACUAAUGGCACGCUGAUAAGGAAGCCGGCAAAGCAUCCCGUUGACAUACGACAGUUUGCGUCCGCCAACAACGGCAUGCUUAAUCAAUUUGCCUUGUGGAAUGUCGAUCCUACCAGGCGCCCUCUGACUGAAGUUCCUGUGGACUAUCCUCCUGUGCCGCUGUACUACCCCGCUGCCCGGCCACCAGCAACUGAACAGCCAGCCUGUUUGCCGUGUUGUUUCGUGCCGCGUCCACCACCCCGGCAGGUUCCUGGGCGUCCGAGUGGCAACGGCAUCACUUUGUUUGACACUGACGAAAACAAGUACGAGCUGUAUCUGCUGGGAUCACAAGCUUUCCCUCAGCCUCGCCGACGCCGCCCCCCCCUUGCCGCACGUAGGUCUAUACUAGGCGUUCGCACACCCUUUAGAACUGCAGUAAGCAGCUCCAACGCCUUCGCCUUUCCAGCAUCGGGUAGGAACAGAGGCACUGUGGAACUCCCACGAGGUACCGACGCUUCAAUUCAGACGUCUUCAGCCUUUUGGAGACCCCAAAGUCCACCUCCAGCAGCUAAUGUGUUGGGUGGCCACCAGACAUCAACAUGUAAGCUUACUGCAAGUGCGUUGGCACUUGUCCAACUUGAUACAAGGAAAAAUUUGCUCACAAUGCACGCACUAGUACUUCCACACGUGUUUCAUACACUCAUCUGGCAUAAGGCCUGCGUGUCUCUGCUGUUUGUCGCAGGGAAUGAAGCCCCACAGCAAUCCAUACACCCUUCAGCAACCGCAGGCCAGUCACAGCGCCACCCUCCAGCAGCUUUUAAGGCCGUGCCACAAGACACAGCUAUGCCUUCCACCCCUCAAGAACCGCGCGUGAAGAUUCGCUAUGUGUCAGACAAUGGUGAUGAAGGUGGGCAGCAGACGAACAAUGUUGAAGUGUUUAUUGACGACGUGCUCGUGCAUAAUCAACCGUUGCCGAAUGCCCCCGACGCUGCAGGACCUGAUUUUAGAGCAAUUCUCUCUACCCCAAAUUCCAAUCCCGUUGUACUGAACUUUGCAAGGACAGGUGAAGAUGGACGCCCCACAGUCUAUGUCACCGAAGAAAGGCAGCCCCAGCUGCCCAGCCCCUGGAUCUUGCAGAACUCGGAUUCAACACACAAGCCUCGAGCUUACACAGUCGAACCAAACAUAAGAGUAUCAAACAAUUUUGAGGCUGGGGUGCCAGCAGGCUCCGGAUGCUGUCUUACAUCGCAGUGUACCAAGGGAUCGACGCAAGUCCUUGCCAAUUCCGAAACAGCUCCAGCGGUGGACAUUAUUAUAAGUCCUGUGGUUCCUCCAGCCUCACAUCAUCGAAUCACAUCUGCUGCUGAGCUUACAGAUAUAGAACCACCUUCAGAUGCAUGUAUUUUGGGUACUUAUAUGAAGCAUUGCUUGCCGGGGAGUCGCGACCCACCUCAAGCUAUCCAAGUGAGAAAGACACUCCCAUUUGCAGAGAAAUGA